GGUCGCCGGAGGUUGAUGUCACUGGCAGAGGGAGUCUUCAGGACAGGACUCAACCAGGCAGAGCUGGUCAGGGAAACACUCAAGAUCCACUGAGAGGAGAAAAAAGUGGGCGAUGUUGCAGCUAGGAUCUUGUUUAUGGACAGUGUGGGAAGGCUGUUGAUACAGUCCAGAGGGCUUGUAGGUAUUUUCAAGCUGAAAGGUUGAGGUAGCCUCAUCGCUGCAGUAUUUUUAGAUCACUUCUGAAAAGGAAUACAAAAAUGUCGUCUCCAAGUCCGGGCAAGAGGCGAAUGGAUACCGACGUGGUGAAACUCAUUGAGAGCAAGCAUGAGGUCACCAUCCUCAGUGGACUCAAUGAGUUUGUGGUCAAGUUCCACGGACCACCUGGAACUGCGUAUGAAGGAGGCGUGUGGAAGGUCCGAGUGGACCUACCAGAUAAGUACCCCUUCAAAUCACCAUCAAUAGGAUUCAUGAAUAAAAUCUUUCAUCCCAACAUUGAUGAAGCGUCAGGAACAGUGUGUCUAGAUGUCAUUAACCAGACAUGGACAGCUCUCUACGACCUCACCAACAUCUUUGAGUCGUUCCUUCCUCAGCUGCUCGCCUACCCCAACCCCAUCGACCCUCUGAACGGGGACGCAGCUGCCAUGUACCUGCACCGGCCAGAGGAUUAUAAACACAAGAUCAAAGAGUACAUCCAGAAGUAUGCCACAGAGGAGGCUCUAAAGGAGCAGGAGGAGGGAGGGGGUGACUCCUCUUCCGAGAGCUCCAUGUCAGACUUUUCGGAGGACGAGGCUCAGGACAUGGAGUUGUAGUGAAGGGGGGGAGAUCCCGUCCCCUUCACCUCACAACAGACUGUCAUUUCCUAAAGAGCAGAAACUCAGUACUAUAUUCAUAUUUAAACAAGACAUUUUUUUACAGCAACACAAGGAUUUGUAUUGCUACACAAGGAUUUGCAGUGUGAUAUUGCAGAAUAUGAACCCUUACUUAGGAAUUUAUAACCACCUGCCCUUCGCCCUCCUCUUCGCCCCGAGAGCCUGUUUAGAUCAGAAAGGAGUGCAUCAUUUAUUUCCAUCUCUAGUGGCUUCAGUCAAGGCUUUCACACUGUUUGAAGUCCAGCCUGAGCAGUGAGACCAACGCAGGAGGAGGACUGACAUAACAUGCUGAAGUUAGUUUUUUUCUUAUCUUUAUUCAACAUUUUACCAACAGAGGACUGCAGGAUGACAAUCCACGGUUUCUGAGCGGUGUCAGCUUCAAACGAGGGUGGAUUCGCAUUUUUGUGUCACCUUUCAUUCUUUGGACACUGCUGCCCCGAGGAGUUGCCAUUACAAUCAUCACUUCCAGGGAGCUGAAGACUAGAAGGACACAGUGCCUUCGCGUGUUCACCGUGUGCAGACUGGUGUGACUGCAGACGGCCUCUCUGACAGGACCGCCCUCGGUGCAACCCUGCUGACACGUCACACACCAUCAAACAACCAAUGCUUCAACCAAGACAACACCACAGCGUGUGUUUGUGUGUUUGUGUGCAUGCAUGAAUGUAAUCCAGGGAGAAUCAUGGCGUAUUGAUAAUCUCUGUUGUACUGACUCCUGAUGCUCAGCAGAAAUCAGGAGAAGGUUUACAGUCCUGAUCCUUCUCCUCUUCAGCACCCAUCUCCUCCUCCUCCUCUCCGUUUUAGGAAAGUGUUUGAGUAUCUUUGUAUAUUGUGGCAUGACCCAGAAGUAAAGUUGUGUAGGGCUUUGUGGAGCUGUAACACCGUAGACAUGGGGAGGACGCCUGUGUGCAGGACCUCUGUGAGCCAGGGCGGGUUUGGUGGGGUUUAUCCAGGUCCUUGUUGAAUUGUUGAACUUCUUAACUUUGCCUAUUGCUUGUGUUGAACUAUAAUAGGUGUUUGACUUGCGUAGGGAUAGUUAGCUGUUUUUUGGUUUUUUUUGCGGGUGGUGAAUCCUAUCAUAAUGUAUGGUUUAAUACUUAUAUAACACACUAGUUUAAAGACUUAUUGUCCUGUAAAGAUAAGGAGUUAAUACAUCUUUGUCUGUGGGAUGACUCUUUGUUGAAUCAAAUCCUCCAAAGACAUGUUACACCCCUGCUCCCCCUUCUUAUGCAAAUGUGUCCAUAAAAGAUGAUUUACGUUAUCAGACAGAAGUGCUCUUUGUUUCAGCUAUUCAACACUGUCGCAUUUACUGUUUUAUGCUGUUGAUGGUCUGUUGUUUUCCAAAUGGUGGGACCAAAAUCUAAUGGAUCUACAAGCUUAGUUUCAUAUCUAGGAAGGAAAUCCUCUUCACACUGGAAGAGUUUACACCGAGGUUAAGUGAGAAGAUAAGUGAAUAAUGUUCCUCAAAGUGUCAAACUCUUGAGUGGCCAUCUCAGAUUAGUUCAAACUUAAAUUCAGGCACAGGUUUCUUCUUCUUCAGAGGACAGUUUAAAAGCUUGUGUCCUGGUUGUGCGGAGGAGGCGUUACAAGAGCACUGACAGUUAACUGUUAAAUUUUAUGAUGGCACGCUGGCCUGUGUUUUAGCCCGGGCUUGAAGCCUGAUAUAUGAUUGUAACAUGCACUCAUCCCAUUGCAGAUUAGUUUGUAUAAUGUUAUUUCUGGAAGGAAACAAAAAUUAGAAUCUUACUUUACUGCCGUCAAAAUGGGCUUUUUCUUGUUUGGAGAAAAAUGGAUUAGAAUCAAAAAUUGAAUUAAUAAUCCCUUUAUCAUUUUUUAAAAGUAAUAUCAGGAUCUCUUCCAUGGUGUCUUGCAAGAGGGUUUACUUUCAUUUAAGAAUUAACAUAGGUUGGUAAAACUAGCAUGUCACAGUUUUUUUGACAUGGCAUAAACAAUGUAUCUGUUAAAUAGUUAAAGUGGCUCUAAUUAGCCUUUAACCAAAUAUAUGUUGGUGUAGGUCUUAGGACGACAUGGUGUCACAGUCAGUUGUCAUUUGCAACACUGUCCAGCCUUGUUGUUUGUUAUUAUCUGGAUUCAUCAGUGUAUUAUGUAUUUUUUUAUUAAUGACAUAUAUUUGAUGCCUAUAAUUUGUUUGAAUGUUUUUAUUUUUAUCUUUUAAGCCCAAGUCGAGAUUCCUGAUUUUUAAAAAGCAAAAAAUGAAUAAAUGUGCUUCCCUUGUAACUUGAAGAAGGAAAUAAACAACACAAAAAUAUA